AUGACUGAAAAUAAAGAUCCUAAGACGUUGGAAGGCGAAACUGUGGAUGACGAUGAAGAAAAUGUGAACAGUGAGAAGAUUUUAGAUCUUGACGAUGUGUUGGUCAAUGAGUUGGGACAGUUCGGUCGUUUUCAGAUGAGAAACAUUCUGCUGGUCGUUAUACCUAUAAUGAUGUCUGCGUUUAUGAGUGAGUACAUUUUUUCUGCAGCUGCAAUACCACACAGAUGUCGAAUACCGGAAUGCAGUGAACAAGAUAAGUUUGAAAAAUAUGAUCCCGAUUGGAUAGUUAACGUUCUGCCGCAGACGAGUUCAGGGUUUUCCAACUGCGAAAGAUAUGUCCUUUUGAAUAUCGAGAGCAAAGGUUCUCUGGACAACUGUCCGGCCGCCCUGUUCAACCAGACGAAGAUUACGAGCUGUGAUGAGUAUGUGUACUCGAAAGACAACUCGGUGGUUUACGAUUUUGAUCUCGGGUGCCAGGACUGGUUAAGAGCUUUGGCUGGAACCCUGAACAGUUUGGGUAUCCUGCUGGCGAUGCCGAUCACCGGCUACAUCUCAGACCGCUUCGGGAGAAAAAUCGCUCUCGUCGUCAACGUCUUCAACUUGAGUCUCAUUGGUCUCAUUCGAGCGUUCUCCGUCAACUACUCCAUGUAUAUGGUGUUGCAAAUCGUCCAGACGACGCUUGGCGCUGGAACUUUUAGUUCUGCUUACAUUUUUGCUGCUGAGCUAGUCGGUCCGAAGUACCGGGUAGUCACAAGCGCAACACUGUCCUCAAUCUUUGCGACGGGACAAGUGAUACUCGGUGCUGUAGCCUGGCUGAUCCAACCUUGGCGGUACAUGAGCAUGGCUCUUCAUAUUCCUGGGUUCCUUGUGGUCACCUACUAUACAGUCCUACCGGAGAGCGUUCGCUGGCUUCUCUCCAAAAGGAAAUACCUUGAAGCGAAGAAAGUCUUGGAAACUGUGGCCAGAAUAAAUAAGACACAAAUAAGUGACAAAUCUUUGGAAGCGCUCAUAAAUAACUCAAGAGCUUCUCUCAAUCAUCAAGCAAAGGAGAAGAGUGGUAGCAUAGUAGCAGCAAUCCUACGUUCCCCAGUAUUGCUCCGACGAGUCUGCACGACGCCUAUCUGGUGGAUUACGACGGUUUUUGUUUACUAUGGACUAUCUAUCGACUCGACGAGCCUCUCCGACACCAUAUAUUUGAACUACAUCUUGACUUGCGCCGUCGAAAUACCCGGCUUCUACACUGCAGUUCUGAUUCUGGACAGAAUCGGAAGGAGAGGCACUCUUUCUUCUGGAUUCUUCUUUAGCGCAAUAUGUAACAUAGUUUUUGUCUUCAUUCCUAAUGAACUUUCGGUAUUACGUCUAGUCAUUUACCUUCUGGGGAAAUUUGGUAUCUCCAUGGUGAUGACGUCAUUAUACUUGUACACUUCAGAACUGUACCCAACUGAAUGUCGUCACAGCCUCCUCGCGUUUUCUUCUAUGAUUGGUCGCAUUGGAUCCAUCACAGCUCCACUAACACCCGUACUUAUGGAAUACUGGCACGGGAUUCCUUCACUGAUGUUCGGCGCGAUGGGAGUUAUCUCAGGUGUUCUGGUCCUCACGCAGCCAGAAACCUUGGGCACCAAGAUGCCCGACACCCUGGCAGAGGCAGAAGCACUCGGAAAACCAAGAAACACAGACAGAAGUGGUUGAAGUGACGAGAAGAUGACAGAAUACUAAACAUCAUUAUGUUAUGCUUGCGAUGUAAUCGUAAAACGAUUAAUUUGUCCUGUAACCUUUUUUGCUAUUAUAAUUUGUACUCACUUUGAAUAUAUUCAUAUUAAAA